CCGGCGCGCCCUGACGUCACGUCCGGCGGCGGCGGCGGCGGCGACGGCGGCGUCGGCGUCUCUGCACGGCCGGCAGUGCACAUCCAGAGGCUUUCUCUUGCUACCCUGGUUUGGACUGGUGAGGGUGUCACUGCGGCCUUUCUCCCCUGCAAAGGACCAUGGACGGCUCCUUCGUCCAGCACAGUGUGAGGGUUCUGCAGGAGCUCAACAAGCAGCGGGAGAGGGGCCAGUACUGCGAUGCCACCUUGGACGUGGGGGGCCUGGUGUUCAAGGCACACUGGAGUGUUCUUGCUUGCUGCAGCCACUUCUUCCAGAGCCUCUAUGGGGAUGGCUCAGGGGGCAGUGUGGUCCUCCCCGCUGGCUUCGCAGAGAUCUUUGGCCUCCUGUUGGACUUUUUCUACACUGGUCACCUUGCUCUGACCUCAGGGAACCGGGAUCAGGUGCUCUUGGCAGCCAGGGAGUUGCGAGUGCCCGAGGCUGUAGAGCUGUGCCAGAGCUUCAAGCCCAAAACCUCAGUGGGACAGGUGCCAAGCGGCCAGAGUGGACUGGGAAAAGCUGGCCCCCGGGAUGUGAACAGCCACCUCAAGGAGCCAGCAGGCUUGGAGGAAGAGGACGUGUCGCGGACUCUGGGUCAGGUCCCCAGGGAUCAGGAGCUCAGUGGCAGUCCCAGCCCCCAGAGGCCCCAGCUCGGUCUCCCUGCUCAGAGCGAGAACCCCUCCUUCCUCCGUGGGAAACUCAAGCAGGCCCUGAAGCUUCAUCCCUCCGAGGACAAGGAGCCUGAGGAUUGCAAAGUGCCCCCAAGGCCCUUCGAGGCUGAAGGUGUCCAGCUGCAGGGCGGGAGUAAUGAGUGGGAAGUGGUGGUUCAGGUUGAGGACGACGGGGAUGGCGAUUACGUUUCUGAGACUGAGACUGAGGCUGUGCCAACCAGGAGGAAAUCAAACGUAGUGAGAAAGCCCUGUGCUGCUGAGCCGGCCCUGAGCACAGGCUCCCUGGCAGCCGAGCCUGCCGAGGACAGAAAAGGUACAGCGGUGCCGGUCGAAUGCCCCACAUGUCAUAAAAAGUUCCUCAGCAAAUAUUAUCUAAAAGUUCACAACAGGAAGCACACUGGGGAGAAACCCUUUGAAUGUCCCAAGUGUGGAAAGUGUUACUUUCGGAAGGAGAACCUCCUGGAGCAUGAAGCCCGGAACUGCAUGAACCGCUCGGAACAGGUCUUCACGUGCUCCGUGUGCCAGGAGACCUUCCGCCGGAGGAUGGAGCUUCGGGUCCACGCAGUGUCCCACACGGGGGAGAUGCCCUACAAGUGCUCCUCCUGCGCCCAGCAGUUCAUGCAGAAGAAGGACUUGCAGAGCCAUAUGAUCAAGCUGCACGGAGCCCCCAAGCCCCACGCUUGUCCCACUUGUGCCAAGUGCUUCUUGUCCCGAACGGAACUGCAGCUGCACGAGGCUUUCAAGCAUCGUGGGGAGAAGCUGUUUGUGUGCGAGGAGUGCGGGCACCGGGCUUCAAGCCGAAACGGCCUGCAGAUGCACAUCAAGGCCAAGCACAGGAACGAGAGGCCGUAUGUCUGUGAGUUCUGCAGCCACGCUUUCACCCAGAAGGCCAACCUCAACAUGCACCUGCGCACGCACACGGGCGAGAAGCCCUUCCAGUGCCACCUCUGUGGCAAGACCUUCCGCACCCAAGCCAGCCUGGACAAGCACAACCGUACCCACACUGGUGAGAGGCCCUUCAGCUGCGAGUUCUGCGAGCAGCGUUUCACGGAGAAGGGGCCCCUGCUGAGGCACGUGGCCAGCCGCCACCAGGAGGGCCGGCCCCACUUCUGCCAGAUCUGCGGGAAGACCUUCAAAGCCGUGGAGCAGCUGCGCGUGCACGUGAGACGGCACAAGGGGGUCAGGAAGUUCGAGUGCACCGAGUGCGGCUACAAGUUCACGCGCCAGGCCCACCUGCGGAGGCACAUGGAGAUCCACGACCGGGUGGAGAACUACAACCCACGGCAGCGCAAGCUCCGGAACCUGGUCAUUGAGGACGAGAAGAUGGUGGUGGUGGCCCUCCAGCCGCGCGAGCUGGAGGUGGGCUCAGCCGAGGUCAUCGUGGAGUCACUGGCCCAGGGCAGCCUGGCCUCCCAGCUCCCUGGCCAGAGACUGUGUGCGGAGGAGAGCUUCACAGGCCCGGGCGUCAUGGAGUCCUCGCUCAUCAUCACGGCCUCCAUCCCCGAGGACUGUGACACAUAGUCCCCUGCCCGCCUCAGCCCGCUGGGCCCCAGUCCCCAAUAAACCACGUGACUUUGGACUUGCA